AUGAGCAGCUUGGUUGAGUACGAGAGCGUCUUGGCGUCCUUAGGACGCACAGGUGAACUGUGCGAGAGCGUCUUGGUGUCCUUAGGACGCGCAGCCAAAUCGCGUGGCAGCUCGUUCAGUAUUGAUGAGGAAACACUUGUCGGCAACGCUUUGGUUGACAUCCAGAUCGACAAUUAUUCGGUCUUCACCUGA